ACUUUCUCCUUUUAUUGUUUAAGCCUUUAAUUAAGGAAUUUUACCUUCUAACGCAUGGACUGUCUGCAUUUUGAAGGGUGCAAAACACAUUAGUUGGAACAGUACUGACAUUUUUGAUGAUGAAGAUGAAAUCAUCUUAAAUGUCAAAUGUCAUUAUUUACAAGCUAUUGUAGCUGGCUAUGUCUUUAAUCUGGGAGAUUGCGCUUAUGUAAAGGUUAUGAAGGAUCAGGCCAUAUGCCAUGAUAAAAAAAGAUUAUUCUACUCCGACUUGAGGAAUGAUAAUCUUUUAAAUUGUAUUGUUUCUAAAGUCAAGGUUGCACAAGUUGCUCAAAGUGUGGAGCUGAAGUCUAGACCUACGCCAUCCUACUACUUCUAUUACGACAUGAAAUACUCUGUGGACUAUUCUACUUUCCAAACAAUUGAAUCAA